GGACAAGCAGCUCAAAUAAUUCAUUCUGUAAUACAAAGUCUAAAAGAUUAUCGAAAUGAUGAUAAAUUUUUGGUUAUUUGGAAUCAAAUAAAUGAAUUUGCCAAAAAGCAUCAAGUUUCGAUUGAGAAACCUACAAUUGGUCUUGGGUCGAAAAGAAGAAGAGUUGAAAGUACACGUUUGUCAAAUUUUUAUGUAACUUCUACAACUAGUGCUCAACAAGAAGUUUCUGCUCAAGUAACAAAUGAAGCAUUUUGGCGAAUCAAAUAUUAUGCUGUGCUUGAUUCUGUUAUAGAAAAUCUUAUUCGUCGUUUUUCUGAUCAAAGUUUAGAGCUUGCUCAGUCCGUCGACAAUUUUUUUCUGCUUGAUUUUAAAGAAAGCAAAUUAUUCAUUAACCAUUAUAAAGAUCUGUUUCAAAUUGAUACUGAUACAUUAAUGGCGGAAAUGACUGUUGCAAAAAAUGCUUUUCAAACUGUGUAUCAAGAUCAGGUAUUAGGUGAUCCAGAGCAAAUGAAAAGUAUCAUAAAUGAAGCUACUUUUCCAAAUCUAUACAAACUCCUUGGUGUUGCAUAUACUUUGCCAAUAAGUAGUGCAACUUGUGAAAGGUCAUUUUCUGCGAUGAGGCGAGUCAAAACAUGGUUACGGUCUACUAUGAUACAAGAACGGUUUUCAAAUUUAUCUAUCAUUCAUAUUGAGAGAGACAUAUCAAACAAUAUUAACAGUGAAGACAUUUUAAACGAUUUUUCAAGUGCUAACAAUAGAAAAAUACCGUUAAUUUAUUAAAAUGUUACCUACUAUAAAAAGUUGACUUGUUUUCUUUUUUCUUACUCUCAUAUUAGAGGUAAACAAAUUUAGUUAUAAUAAUAAUUAAUAUUACAUUUUUAAGAAACUAGUAAGAUACUAAUUACUAGUGGUUGCUAUAAAAUGUUGAGUAGAGUAUACCAUUUUUAUGAUGGUAUUUAUGGACUAGGGGGGGAUGGCACCCCAUGGGAUAUUUUAAGUUCAUAGGUUUGUUAGGAGGGCUGUAGCCCCCCCAUAAUUUUAACCCUAG